AUGACGACGCAGAGUGCUAUGAGAAUGGUGGAAGGUGAUCAUAUAAAGAAUUGGCAGGCUUCUAGGGAGACAGGGCUAUUUGGUUCACUAGAUAUGGCGGUUGAGGAUUUAGGGUUCCUUAUGAAAAGAAAUAGGUUGGAUAGCAGUGGCGGCGGUGAUCACACCGGGAAAAUCCCGAGUAGGAGCGGAAGCGCGCCGCCUAGCAUGGAAGGUUCAUUUGCAGCUCUUAGGAACCUCUUGAAACAACAGGAAGGUGGUGGUAGUAGCUCUGAGGUUUUAAGUAGGGCUAUUGAGAAUUACGACUCUGAAGAAGAGAUACGUAGCGACCCUGCUUAUGUAGCUUACUAUCUCUCCAACAUCAACUUGAAUCCGAGGCUCCCUCCUCCUUUGAUCUCACGUGAGAAUCAGCACUUGGUUCGUCAUUUGGGUGGGAUUGGUGAUGGUAAUCUGAGCUCAACAGCCUCUUGGGAUAGUAUGGGGAUGAGAUCCUCCUUGCAUUCUUCAAGAACUGCGCUUUCUACGCAUAGAGAGGAGCCUGAGGAUGAGGCAUCAUCCGGUGAACAACAACAACCUUAUGCUUCUUUGGCUGGUCGUCGUAAGAGCUUUGCUGAUAUGAUUCAGCGGCCUCAUUCCGCAGGGAACCGUCCAAUAGGAGAAGCCAUUUCCUCUUCAGAAGAGACAAGAAGACUACAGGAGUCUGAUAUAAGUUCGGUUAACCUGCUGAGGGAGACAGAUUCUCUCUCCAUGGAUGCUAUUGCUAGUGAAGAUCCUUUCACCACUGAUUUAGGCUCACAAAGCUCUACUAAUGCACAGUCAAACGCGAGGCUAGCUAGCCACGAGGACACCAAUCUAUCUGUUUUUGGUGCUUCUCCUCCAUCCUCUACUGCUUCUAGAAUAAGGAGGAACCAAGAGGACCAGGGAAGGAGAAUGCCUUUGCAAUAUACACCUUCUUCGUAUCAGGUUCAAGCUACUUCACCACAACAAAUGAACUAUCCGAGGAUGAGUAGUGGUACACAAGACAUGAUGCAGAGCUUACCGAAGAUUGCAACCGGCGAGGUACAUUCGACUUUCCAAUCUCCUCACGGUUUGGAACCGCCUCCUAUGUAUACAUCAACAGCAGCAUAUAUGACAUCUCUGAGCCCUUUUUACAAUCAUAACUUUCAGUCCUCCGGUAUGUACCUCCCGCAAUAUAAUUACAGCGGUUACCCUCCUCCUGCCUCUGGUAUUCUCCCUCAGUAUAUGAGUGGAUACCCUUCUCAUGAAGCUGCUGUUCCUAUGCCAUAUGAUAUCUCAUCUACUUCUCCGGGCUACAACAACGCUCGGAUGAUGCCUGGAGCACCAUCGACUGGACAAAACGUUCCUUCUCUUGUGGAUCCUUAUCAUUUGCAGUAUUACCAACAGACUCAAGCAGCCGCGUAUGCUCCUUCGUUUCAGAGCAGCACUGAUACUUUUGGGCAGAAAGAACAACAAGCUGCUGGCUUUAUGGCAAAUCAUGACCCUCACAGUAAUCCAUUGAGUCCGAGUUUCGGGUUGCAAAGUCCUCGGCACAUGGGAAACUACUUUGCAAUGCCGCCUGGUGUAAGAGUCAUGCCGCAGUAUCACGGAUCACCUCUUGCUAGUCCAGUGAUGCCAUCCUCACCGGUUGGUGGGAUGAUGAGCCACUUUGGAAGACGAAGUGAAACAAGGUAUCAUCAGCAAGGACCGAGUAGAAACACGGGGAUCUACCCUGGUGGAUGGCAAGGGAACAGGGGAGGACCCAACAGCGCCGUUGAUGAUAUGAAAAGGCAUUCUUUUCUUGAUGAACUCAAGUCUCCAAACGCUCGUAAACUCGAGCUUUCUGAUAUCACAGGGCGUGUUGUAGAAUUUAGCGUUGAUCAGCAUGGUAGCCGGUUUAUUCAACAGAAGUUGGAGCACUGCUCUGAUGAAGAGAAGGCAUCUGUUUUCAGUGAAGUUCUUCCACAAGCUUCCAAAUUGAUGACUGACGUCUUUGGAAAUUAUGUUAUCCAAAAAUUCAUAGAACAUGGAACUCAAGCGCAGAGGGAAGAACUUGUGAAGCAACUUGCUGGUCAGAUGGUUUCUCUAAGCUUGCAAAUGUAUGGAUGUCGUGUGAUACAAAAGGCCCUUGAAGUGAUAGAUGUAGACCAAAAGACCGAACUAAUUCGUGAGCUCGAUGGGAAUGUGAUGAAGUGUGUUAGAGAUCAAAACGGGAAUCAUGUUAUUCAAAAGUGUAUCGAGAGUAUGCCUGCGGGUAGGAUCGGUUUCGUGAUUGCAGCUUUUCGUGGUCAAGUUGCCACUCUUUCUACUCAUCCAUAUGGAUGCCGAGUUAUCCAGAGAAUCUUGGAGCAUUGCUCAGAUGACGAGGAGACUCGUUGCAUAAUUGAUGAAAUCUUGGAAUCCGCUUUUGCUCUUGCUCAUGAUCAGUAUGGGAAUUAUGUCACUCAGCAUGUCCUGGAGAGAGGGAAGCCUGACGAAAGGAGACAGAUCACUGAGAAGUUGACAGGGAAUGUUGUUCAGAUGAGUCAGCACAAAUACGCGUCCAACGUUGUGGAGAAGUGUCUGGAAUACGCUGAUAGUACCGAGAGAGAAUUUCUGAUUGAAGAGAUAAUGGGCAAAUCAGAGGAAGACAAUCACUUGCUGGCGAUGAUGAAGGAUCAGUUUGCAAAUUACGUGGUCCAGAAAGUCUUGGAGAUCAGUAAAGAUCAGCAAAGGGAGAUUCUUGUGCAGAGAAUGAAAAUCCAUCUCCAGAGUUUGCGCAAGUACACUUACGGGAAACACAUAGUAGCCCGUUUCGAACAACUGUUUGGUGAAGAGAGUGAAGUCUCUGAAGAAGGAACUGAAGGUUAG